AUGGCGACCCAAAUGAGCAAGAAGCGAAAGUUCGUUGCUGACGGUGUUUUCUACGCCGAGCUGAACGAGGUGUUGACCAGGGAGCUCGCUGAGGAUGGCUACUCUGGUGUCGAAGUUAGGGUUACUCCCAUGCGUACUGAGAUCAUCAUCAGGGCUACCCGUACCCAGAAUGUUCUCGGUGAGAAGGGAAGAAGAAUUAGGGAGCUCACCUCCAUUGUUCAGAAGAGAUUUAAGUUCCCUGAAAACAGUGUGGAGCUCUAUGCUGAGAGGGUUAACAACAGGGGUCUUUGCGCUGUUGCCCAGGCUGAGUCUCUGCGUUACAAGCUUCUCGGAGGACUUGCUGUCCGAAGGGCUUGUUAUGGUGUUCUGCGCUUUGUCAUGGAGCAGGGCGCAAAAGGUUGCGAGGUCAUCGUGAGUGGAAAGCUCAGGGCUCAGAGAGCAAAGUCCAUGAAGUUCAAGGAUGGCUACAUGAUUUCCUCUGGUCAGCCCGUCAAGGAGUACAUUGACUCAGCUGUGAGACACGUGCUUCUCAGACAGGGUGUUCUGGGUAUCAAGGUGAAGAUCAUGCUUGCCUGGGAUCCAAAGGGCAAGGUUGGUCCUAUCACACCUCUGCCCGAUCUUGUUACUAUCCAUCAACCCAAGGAAGAAGAGGAAUAUGUCCGACCAGUUAUACCUGUUGCCGAUAUUGAUGUCGGAGCUGUUUAG